AUGGAAAACUCUCUGAAAGUAAUUGACAGUAAUGAUGAUUCAUGGCUAUCUGAGGAUCGCAAUACCAAGAAAGUUAGGUUUAAAUAUGUUUUCGAUGGGGCUUCUGUGGAUAUGGUUGUGGACUCUGGUCCACCUUUGAAUGCGGCAACAUCAUGGACAGACAAACUUUUUGGGACUGGUUCGUCUGGGACUAGUCAGAAAGUUGUGAGAUUUGAGGAGGGAAGUGAUGAAGAUUUUAUUUUGUUAGACGAUGAUAUCAUAAGGUCCACUGUUAAUGGAAUUCCGGCAAUUGAGUUCUUUGAUCGAGUCAAAGAAAUCUUGUCUAAGGAGAUGGAGAUGAUAGGACCAUGGAUAAUUUUUGGGCAAUAUUUGACAGUUCAACCAUGGACAAAAGAGUUCUCUCCCCUUCAACCAUACCCAAGUGUAGUUAUGGCAUGGAUCAGGCUACCCGGAUUACUGGGGUUUAUGUACAAAAGGAAGAUUCUCGAGGCAAUUGGAAGCAUGAUCAGUAAGGUUGUAAAGUUUGACUUUAAGACCGAUAAUAGAACUAGGGGAAAAUUCACUAGAAUGGCUCUGUUUAUCAACCUGGAUAAGCCUCUCAUCUCUCAAAUCUGUGUCAAUGGUGAAAUACAACAGGUGGAAUAUGAAGCCUUACCAACGAUCUGUUUUACCUGUGGAAAAUACGGGCAUGUGAGGGAGUUGUGUUCCUUGUCGAAAGAAAUAUUGCGCAAAGAUAGUGACAAAGUGGUGGUCGACGACGGUUCUAACAGUAACAACAACGAUCCAGGAAAGGUCCCUGAACCAACUUUCAGACCUUGGAUGUUGGUAGAGCGUAAAUCCCGAUGA